GGCUAAGUUAUCAAACUUCAAAUAUCUUUGCUUUCAAAACAUGCGUUGAUUCUCUGAAGUGCAGAAUUUAAAGUAUGGGGCACUAGCUAGCGCAAACUAUUAGCUAUCUAUUUCAGUUGGUUUCUUUUGUGUCGAAAACACAUGCAGUCAGUGCAUCAUUUAUUUCAGUGGUGUACAAUUUAAACGCUAGAGACAGUGACAAUUCCUAACCUACUUCUAAAACGCGGAAGUCAAGGUAUUACUCUGAGGUGAACUCAUUCAUAAGAGGCAAGUUUCAUGUCUGGAGCUAGAAGUGGGACGGUAUUUGGGAGGCAUGAGUGGUACGGUCCGUCAGAUCAGUGUGGUGUUGGACCCAAGCAUCCCCUAUUUCCUGCGGGUGGACUGGGCCGAAGACCUGGGUGCUGGUUUCACUCUCGCCCUCAGUGACGGCAGCUCGUCCUGGAUCGGAGAAGUACCAGAGGAGGAGAUGACUGGGAAAGCCACAGAGUUGGGAGUGAAAAGGGAGAAAUAUGUGGAAGAUCUUCAUCAGGCACUGACCGGAGGAGGAGAAAGCGAAAGAGGAAGAGGAAGAGUGGCAGAAAAGGAGGAGUACCUGUUCCACCUCUCCUCUGACCACGGUUGUCUGUCGUAUGACAAGAAGUCCCAGAGAGGCGUUUUGGUGAACAUGGGUGCAGUGGAGCUGCACCCUGCCCCUGUGGAUCUCAACAGGGAGAUGAUAGCCCACACUCUGGAGCACAGCGCUGACCUGGAGGCAGAGAACAGACAGCUGCAGGAGAAGAAUCAGACACUCCAGCAGGAGCGACAGCACCUCCUUGCAGAUCUGGAGAAGCAUGUCCAGGAGAUGGAGACAAUGGAGGGAGACCUGUUUUCUCGUUUCAUCAUGCUGCUUAAUGAGAAGAAGGUCAAGAUCAGGGCCCUGCAGGACACCAUCAGACACGUCCAACAGCGGGUGGAAGAGCAGGAGAACCACCGGGUAACUGGGGUAACUGUCAAAUCCAAGGCUGGAGACAGCAUUAAGGAGGAGGAGGACCUGCCUCAGAGCUUCCACCCAUCUCAGGCACCCACUGUGCUCAUCAGAGACAUGUCAAGCCAGACAAGCUCUAUGGAGGACAUUGUGCAAGACAGUAAAGAUGUGUUGCCCAGCAGCAAGCAUGUGCUCUGUUACCAUCAGAGCCCAGAGUUAAAGGUCAAGAAGCCCUCUCCAGACCAGAAGUAAACUCACAGGAUGCCGGUGGGCGGAGCCAGGAGGGUCGUCAGCAAAAUGGGACACACCUGGGCUCGGGUGUGUCCCGGGAUAAAUACACCUCAUCCCCAUUUAUUGAGGAGACUCACUCCAUGCAGACACUGAUAGAUUUUUGUUGUGGCAUUUUUGUGGCUGUUUUAUAUGUUUGCUUUGGCACCUUUCAACACCCCUCAUUAUCACAUUUAUGCACGCAAACACUCACUUACACUACUGAUUACACACACCAUUGUUAAUUGUAUU